UUUUUUUUAAAAAAAAAAAAUUUAUGUUUUGAUUUGAAAAAUCCAAACCCUAACUCUCCACUCCUCCCACCAAAAAGAAGAAGAAGAAGAAAGAGGGAGAAAUCACAUCAGCUAGAUCUCGAAAUCUCCUUUGCUCAUAUUGGCUAUUCCAUUCUGAUGAGUUGAAGCUGCCCUGAUGUCAACAUUGUCAUGAAUCAUUGUGAUUCACAGUUGUGUGAGCCUGUGUAUAUGCAAUGCAUAUGAUCUUACAUCUGAUAGGGAAGCAGAAUUGCAUCAUUUCAUAAAAUGUCCCUCUUCAGUCGAUUCUUUUAUAGAAGACCCCCUGAUGGCUUGCUAGAAUUUGUUGACAGAGUUUAUGUUUUUGAUUCGUGCUUCUCAACAGAGGUUUUGCCGGAUGGUAUGUAUCAUAUUUACUUGCAUGAAAUUGUGACUGAGCUACAUGAAGAAUUUGCGGAUUCCAACUUUCUUGCAUUCAACUUUAGAGAAGGAGAGAAGAAAAGCCAGUUUGCAGAAAUUCUCUGUGAAUAUGAUGUCACCAUCUUGGAUUAUCCACGACAGUAUGAAGGUUGUCCCAUUCUUCCCUUGUCCCUAAUUCAGCAUUUCCUUCGUGUCAGCGAGAGUUGGUUGUCUCUGAGGAAUAAUCAGAACAUUAUUCUGCUCCACUGUGAGAGAGGAGGGUGGCCCCUUUUAGCAUUUCUUUUAGCUAGCUUUUUGAUUUUCAGAAAAUUACACAGUGGUGAGCAAAGGACUCUUGAUAUUGUCCAUCGGGAGGCUCCCAAAGGGUUUUUAAAGCUUUUAUCGCCUUUGAAUCCAUUCCCAUCACAACUUCGAUACCUGCAGUAUAUUUCUAGGAGAAAUAUAUCUCCAGAAUGGCCGCCCACAGAGCGAGCUCUUUCUUUGGACUGCCUCAUUCUCCGAGCCAUUCCAAGCUUUGAUUCUCAUAAUGGGUGCAGACCGAUAAUCCGUGUUUUUGGCCGAAAUCUUCAUAGCAAGGAUGGCCUUUCAACCCAGAUGCUCUUCUCCAUGCCAAAGAAGAAAAAAUCUCUACGGCAUUACCGACAGGCUGACUGUGAUGUGAUAAAAAUCGAUAUCCAAUGCUUGGUUCAAGGAGAUGUCGUCUUGGAGUGCCUCCAUCUAGACAUGGAUUCCGAAAGGGAAGUUAUGAUGUUCCGUAUAAUGUUUAAUACUGCUUUUAUUCGGUCCAACAUACUGAUGUUGAACUGUGAGGACCUGGACAUUCUUUGGGAUUCGAAGAAGCGAUAUUCAAAAGGUUUCCGAGCAGAGGUUCUAUUUGGUGAAGUAGAGAGUAUCUCAACUCCUAGAGCUCCAACUGUAACAUUAAAUGGUGAGGAGAAAGGUGGAUUGCCAAUUGAAGCUUUUUCCAAGGUUCAAGAGCUAUUUAGUGGUGUGGAAUGGGUUGAUAGUGGUGGUGAUGCUGCGUUGUGGUUACUCAGACAAAUUUCUGCAAAUGCUUUACAAGAAAAAAUUGAAAAACUUUUUCUAAGUGAUGUGAAAGAAUUGUCAAGGUUGCAUAGUAAAGGGAGCAUGGAAGGAUCUACUACAGAUUCUGAAGAGGAAAAAGAUGAGACUGAAAUUGUUGACCCUAUAGCUUCUUGGGAACCUGAAAAGGUUCUUCAUGUUCAAGAUCCUGACACACUAGAUGUUGCAAGCCUUCCACGUGACAUUCAUCCCCUUCCUCUUACGAUAGUACCACAAAAUUCUACCCUUGAUGGUUCUUGUCUUUCAAAUCCAGCCACAACUUCAAAACCUUCACAUUCUCCAGAUGUUGCUCCCCGGUAUGUAAAUAUUCCUCUACCACCUCCACCUCCUCCAUUUUGUCCGUCUUUUGGAAUGUGCUUAUCAUCUCCAUCCUCACCAAUGGUUAUGGACUCCAAUGUUUCUCCUUCACCUCCCUCACCACCCCUUUCUUCAAGCAAAAUGACCGCUCCCCUCUUGAACCCAAUGCCACCAUCACCAGCACCUCCAACACCAUUGAUCCCAUGCAAUAAAGGUGCUCCACCUCCACCUCCACCUCUACCAGUGCCAUCCAAUAGAGGUCCUCUACUCCCACCUUCAUCAGUUCCAAUACCAUCAAGUAGAGGAGCUCCACCUCCACCUCCAGCUCCACCACCACCACCACCAAUGCUGUCUAGUAGAGGUGCUCCACCGCCACCGCCACCUCCGCCUCUGCCACCACCACCUCAACACUCCACAAUCUCAAGUAGAGGAACUCCACCUCCACCACCCCCCCCACCACCUCCUCCCUUUAUUACAUCAAGCGCAUGCUUUCCAUCAUCUUCCUAUAUUUCUAGCAGAGGUCCACCACCGCCACCGCCACCGCCACCUCCACCUCCCCCCACCAUUUCUAAAAGAGGCCCUCCAACACCACCUCCCCCCUCCAUUUCUAAAAGAGACCCUCCAACACCACCUACCCCCCCUCCCCCUCCCCCUCCCCCUACUAUUGUUGGCAAAGGCACUCUAGCACCGCCUCCACCUCCACCUCCGCCUUUGCCUCCCCCUUCAAUUACCGGCAAAGGCCUUCCAGCACCGCCUCCGGCCCCGCCUCCCCCUUCAAUUGUUGGCAAAGGCCCGAUAGCACCGCCUCCACCUCCACCUUCAAUUGCUGGCAAAGGACCUCCAACACCGCCUCCACCUCCCCCCUUUAUUGGUAGUAAAGGCCCUCUAGCACCGCCUUCAUUUCCGCCUGGUAUUGUUGGUCAAGGCCCUCCGGCACCACCUCCGCUUCCCCCCACUAUUGCCGGUAGAGGCCCUCCACCACCGCCUCCACCUCCUAUUGUUGGUAGAGGCCCACCGCCGCCGCCGCCGCCGCCCCCGGCUACCUCUAAUCAAGGACCUCGACCACCACCUCCACCUCCACCUCCUAUAGGUUCUAGUCUUGGAGCCCCCCCAAUCCCACCUCCGCUUCCAUCGGCGCCUACUCGGACAGGUCCAACUCCACCACCACCACCUCAGGCACCAAAACCUCCUGGUGUUGUGCCCCCUCCACCACCACCCUUGCAUGAUAGCCAAUCGGGUCCACCCCCACCUCCACCCCCUGGGGCAAAGGUCUCUGGUGCCCCAACACCACCACCGCCAUCUAUUGGAAGGGGAAGGGCCCUAUCGGGGUCAACUGGAAGAGGUCGAGGAGCAUUAGGCGCUAUUGGCGCACCUAAGAAAGCUUCAUUGAAGCCAUUACACUGGGUGAAAGUUACUCGAGCUAUGCAAGGAAGUCUAUGGGCCGAUUCAAGUAAACAAGAAAGCCAGGCAAGGGCCCCUGAGAUUGAUUUGUCAGAACUUGAAAGUUUGUUCUCAGCUGCUGUUGCUUCUAGUGGGAGCGGUGCAAAUAAAGGUGGAAUUCGAAAGGCUUCUAACACCAACAAACCAGAGAUAGUGCACAUGGUGGACAUGAACAGAGCAAAAAAUUGUGAAAUCAUGCUUACAAAGAUAAAAAUUCCUUUAUCAGAAAUGAUUAGUGCAAUUUUGGCCUUGGAUUCCUCAGUUUUGGACAUGGAUCUAGUUGAGAAUCUCAUCAAAUUUUGUCCCACAAAAGAAGAAGUGAAUAUGCUGAAGAAUUACACAGGCAACAAGGAAAUUCUUGGCAAGUCUGAACAGUUUUUUCUGGAGCUGAUGAAGGUCCCUCGAGUCGAAUCCAAGUUACGGGUGUUCUUAUUCAGAAUUGCCUUUUCUACCCAGGUGAAGGACUUGCGGUCCAACUUAAUUACAAUUAAUGAUGCAUCUAGAGAGGUGAAAGAAUCUGUAAAAUUGCGGGGGAUAAUGCAGACGAUCCUUACUUUAGGAAAUGCAUUGAAUCAGGGCACAGCACGAGGAUCUGCUAUAGGAUUUAAACUGGAUAGCCUUCUUAAGUUGUCAGAUACUCGUGCAAUAAACAGUAGAAUGACUUUAAUGCAUUAUUUGUGCAAGCUUGUUGGUGAGAAAAUGCCAGAGUUGCUAGAUUUUGAUAAAGAUCUGGUUCAUUUGGAAGCUGCCUCUAAGAUCCAACUCAAGUUAUUGGCUGAAGAAAUGCAAGCAGUAAAUAAGGGGCUUGAAAAGGUUGAGCAAGAACUCACUGCCUCAGAAAGUGAUGGUGCUAUAUCAAUAGGCUUCCGGAAGGCUUUAAAAAGUUUCCUUGAUACUGCUGAGGCUGAGGUUAGGUCUCUCACAUCCCUGUACUGUGAAGUGGGAAGAAAUGCAGAUUCGCUGUCUCAGUAUUUCGGUGAAGAUCCAGCUUGUUGUCCCUUUGAGCAAGUGACUUCAAUUUUGGUAGUCUUUCUCAACAUGUUCAAGAAAUCGCACGAGGAGAAUGCUAAGCAGGCUGAGGCUGAGAAGAGGAAAUUGGAAAAGGAAGCCAUGAAAGAAAAGGCAGGACAACUUUCAGCCAAAAAGGAAAAGGAUUAGCUACAGUGUUGAUAGUUUAAAAACUUUAGUUCUUGCAAUCAAACACAUUCCCAGAUCAGAGAAGCCCACACCCUCGGCAAAGGUGUCAGCUGUAUGAAGUUUAUUCUUGUAAAUUUGCGGCAAGGGACUAAACUGGCAUCUUGGAUGUUGGUUACCACUUUCCUGACGCCACAACAUUCAUUUUCGUCCAAGUGCAUAUAAAAUAUGGUGACCUUACAGAUCUUCUGGAAUCCAUAGCAAACUCAAAAGAAUUCAACGGAUCAGAUUGCAUACACAGCCCGUGACAACUUUGUGCAGUCUGGUUGUCUGACCCACGCCUGGAUGGCAUUUGAUUAUAGCAAAAGCUUAUUUUAAUGAGGUGAUGAAAAAGCAAGAAAAUCAUUUCGGCAUACUACGUGUACAUAUGAGUCGUAAAUGAGGUGUAGCCUUGCCUUCUCUUAAACUUGUCUCAUAUUCACGUUGUAAGUUUCUUCUGCUUAAUUACAUAGGCAUCAUCUUAUUCUGGCCGUUGUUGGUCUCAUGUCACUUCAGCUCUUCCUUAUCAAAGGAGCAGCAGAUGAUUUGAUGCCUGCACAUGCACUUGCACACGGGAAAUUGGUAUUCCUACAGAUGGGUCCCCACCCCAACGUCAAAAUCCAUGCUCUAAACGUUCAAUUUAUAUUUAUUUGUCAAGUGUCAGAAAGAGAGCACUGCAUUGCAGCCCUUCAAUCAGAGCUGCAUGUCUUUCUCUACAAUCAUAUUAACAUCAAGACCAUGGAAUUUAUACAGCAGAUUAUGCUUUUCCUUUCUUUGUGCUACCAGUAAUGUAAACAUGAGAUUUGCUAGCCCCACAUGUUCCUUUAAAUGUUUCAUAUGCGCCUACCCGGAAUUUUGACAUUACCCCGAAGUUCAAUCUUGGACGGUUUGGAUGGAUGUGCCUU